GUUGGAGAAGUAGGAGGUCUCAGUCCACCUUGAUUUUUAUUCUGAGAAGCAGACAGGAUCUGAGACGUGAAUGGGGGUUACUUGUGUUUGCUGCGUUUCUUUUGCAUGAGGUGGUUUCCACGUCACCGAAUUGGCCUGUGUGUUUUGCUUAUAUAACUCUUGUGAAAGUCCCUUCUGUUUUAGGAGAGGCAAUAUUCAGCCAUACUUUUUUAAAGGAAAAUUUUGCAGGGUAAAUUAGCCUGCGUGGGGCUGAGCUCUUUCUUCGUGGAUCCGUUGGAGUUCGGAAAGAUAUUAAGAUAUGGAUGUUCUUACUGCUCUCCUACUUCUAGUCCACCUGAUCCCGGUGUCGGCAGCUAAGAAUGGAGUGAGUAGCAAGAGUCGUAAGAGAAUCAUGCCUGAGCCCGUGACGGAGCCGCCUGGGACGGACCCGGUUUACGAAGCUCUCUUGUACUGCAACAUUCCCAGUGUAGCCGAACGCAGCAUGGAAGGUCAUGCUCCACAUCAUUUUAAGCUCGUCUCAGUGCAUGUGUUCAUUCGACACGGAGACAGGUAUCCACUGUAUGUCAUUCCCAAGACAAAGCGACCAGAAAUUGACUGCACUCUGGUGGCUAACAGGAAACCAUAUCACCCUAAACUGGAAACUUUUGUUAGUCACAUGUCAAAAGGAUCCGGAGCCUCUUUCGAAAGCCCCUUGCACACCCUGCCUCUUUACCCAAAUCACCCGCUGUGCGAGAUGGGAGAGCUCACGCAGACAGGAGUCGUGCAGCAUUUGCAGAAUGGCCAGCUGCUGAGGGACAUCUAUCUAAAGAAACACAAACUCCUGCCAAAUGACUGGUCCACAGACCAGCUGUACUUAGAGACCACUGGGAAAAGCCGGACGCUACAAAGUGGGCUGGCCCUGCUUUAUGGCUUUCUCCCAGAUUUUGACUGGAAGAAGAUCUAUUUCAGGCACCAGCCCAGUGCUCUGUUCUGCUCUGGAAACUGCUAUUGCCCAGUGAGAAACCAGUAUCUGGAAAAGGAGCAGCGUCGGCAGUACCUCUUACGUUUGAAAAAUAGCCAGCUGGAGAGGGCCUAUGAGGAGAUGGCCAAGAUCGUGGACAUCCCGACCAAGCAGCUGCGAGCUGCCAAUCCCAUCGACUCUAUGCUCUGCCACUUCUGCCACAACGUCAGCUUCCCUUGCACCAGAAAUGGUUGUAUUGGUAUGGAGCACUUCAAGGUGAUCAAGACGCAUCAGAUAGAGGAUGAGAGAGAGAGGCGGGAAAAGAAACUGUAUCUGGGGUAUGCGCUCCUGGGCGCUCACCCCAUCCUGAAUCAGACCAUCGGCCGGAUGCAGCGUGCCGCAGAGGGCAGGAAAGAAGAGGUCUUUGCCCUCUAUUCUGCACAUGAUGUCACUCUGUCACCUGUUCUCAGUGCCCUGGGCCUGAUGGAAGCCAGGUUCCCAAGGUUUGCAGCCAGAUUGAUCUUUGAGCUCUGGCAAGACAGAGAAAAGCCCAGUGAGCAUUCUGUCCGGAUCCUUUACAAUGGUGUGGAUGUCACAUUCCACACCUCUUUUUGCCAGGACCACCAUAGGCGUUCUCCCAAGCCCAUGUGCCCCCUUGAAAACUUAGUCCACUUCGUCAAAAAGGGCAUGUUUGUGACCCUGGGUGGUAGUAGUACUAAUUAUUUCGAUGCAUGUCAUAGGGAAGGAUUCUGAAAUGUACACCGCACUUACAGAAUCUGUGUCGAUACAGAGGGAUGGAUGGGAAAGGUACGCUUCUAGUUCUAGCGUUUGCCAAGGGUACGAUAUUCUUGAUUUUUUUAAGGUUAGAAAUUGUGCUUGGGAGCCAUGAAGAUGAUUUGGGUUGAACAGUGAGUACAUUACUGUACUCGGGUACAUGAGUUACUUGAUACACAAUGGCUACUUCACAGAGAAAGGAAGGUACUUGAUCUUCUAUAGCCAGACUUGGCUUACAAUGCCAGAACAAUAUUCUGAUACCCAAAGUUGCCAAUCAAAUAUGUAUCCUUUUGAUCUGCCAUGGUACUACUGUGUGAUGGAACCAGCAAACCUCAGCCAAAACUUUUUUAAUCUGGGGCCAUCUUACCUUACCCUUAUUCAAUGAAAAAUUUCCCAAAGUGAUUUAUCUAAACUAGGGCUUAGCAAACCUUCUCUGUAAAGGGCCAGAUAGUAAAUAUUUUAGACUUCGCAGACCAAAACGCCACAUAUAGUCUCUGUCACAGCUAUUCAGUUCUGCUCUUGUCACAUGAAGGCCACCACAGACAUUAUGUAAAUGAAUGGGUGUGGCCGCACAAAACAGUCAGUGGGUCAGGUGUGGCCCCCGGGCUGGAGUUUGCUGACCCCUGAUCUAAAAUACAGGCUCUACUACCAUCGCACUUGCCGCACUUUGAGAACCAGUUGAAUACGAAGAAUUAUUCAGCGGUGCCUCCAGUAACUUCUGCUAGAAACACAGAAUUUGAUCUGUAUCUGACAUUAUAACAAAACAAUGCGAAAUAAACAAUGAAUCAGAAUGAGUCACAGAAAAAUUAUUAGAAUAAUACUUGAUGUUCACGAUGAUUGUGGUAUAAGGUAGUUUUAAGUAUGUUUUAAAUAUUUGUCUGCUGUAGUCUAUUUGCUGUAUAUGCUGAAAUUUUUGUAUUCCAUUUAGUAUUUUUAUAGUCUAGGAAAAUAUUUUCUGAGACCAGUUUUAGAUGUGCUCUUACUCCUAUGUAAUAUUCAACUCACUCUACCUGGUUGGUGGUUAGAAGGGAGCCAGAAGCUGAAAUCAGGCACUUUCUUCCAAUAAAACUAUGGCUUAUUUUCUUUGACAAGCCAUAGAAAUCGAUCAAUUUGUAAACCAUUUAUGUCAGUUUCAAAAGGUAAAUUCGAAUUGAUUUUUAAAUAAGUUUUGGAAGGACUUUGUUACUAGAUAGUUAAGUAAUCUUUAUAAAGUAUUUUAUAUAUUAGAAGCAAUUAUAAUUCAAUCUGUGGUUUCUGAACUAAUGGUGCUAGUUCUGUGCGAAGACAUGUAACAUGCAAGUGAGAUUCUCCAGUGUCAUUGGUAUUCUGAUCUUUUCUCUUUGUUUUUGUCCAGUGUUGCAUUUAAAUAUGUCUGUUUCUAUUAAUAAAUUUUUGAAGAAUA